CUGGGCAGAUCAUCCAUCAAGAGUACAUGAUAUUCCUGUUACCUUGUGUCAGUGGGCGAACGCAGAAGCAGCUCCUGGAGUGUAUGGGCACAGCAGAGAAGAAGUUUUCACAGUCUGACAGGUGCUACAGUCAGUCUGACUACGACAGACAGUGCCGAUCUUCUCCAGAUCUCCUCACUGACGUGUCUAAAGAACUUUACGAACACAACCCAUUCCCACGGUCCAGUCGUGCCUUCGUGGUCCAGAGCGAGGAUGAGCAGGACCCGUAUCGCCGCUGCUUCGAAGACAUCCGAAUAAAUGGAGGCGCUAAAUACAGCCGAUCAGCUGCCGAUGUCACCCAGAGGCCACACGGCUUUGCUCGAGUCACACCUCUCUCACAGCAUCUUCACGCUUCCCCGCCUCCCUCCAAGGCUCGAUCAUCCUCCACAUCCGUGGUGGACGACCUGAGAGGAAGGAUAGGAGCACAGCGCCAGGCUCAAAGGCUGGCUGGUGUUUACGGCAACCGUUCCAGACGCAGAGCAAAUCCUCAGCCACACCCAGACGCUGUACAGCAGCUGGUUCUUCUCUACCCUAACAGCCCGACCCGUCAGUACCAUCCCACCCUCCCAACGUUCCCGAUGGCAGCAGUGCCUCCGAUCACCCGACACCCCUACCUGUCAGACUUUGUUGAAGUGUCCUCACUGGAGCGCUUUCCACCACCAAGGCGACCUGAAUAUAUAGCUGUGGAGGGAGUUUCACGGCCCGCCUACUACCCACUGGGCCAAGACUCGCCAAACUUAUCACCACUGAGAAGGAACCUGCGGCCAACGGGUUCAGGCACCUUCGCCUUGCCAAGAUUUUACCACAAUGGGGCCAGGUUCUGGGCCGCUGGACAAACAGAGGCGGGGCAUUAUAGCGACGACUCUAGCUUCCUGCCAGGUCUGCCACGUCGAGCAGCCAGCCAACAGGAUGUCAAAUUCCACUUCGCGAGAAGCACGAAUCCCACCUUCAACGCUGCUUCAGAAUUCAGACCUCUUGGCUACUAUCCCCACCUUACCCGCCCUGCAAGACCAACCUAUCUACCACUGAACUCAUCGCCCCAGCCAGAGCGUCCCACGUCCGUGUGCAUGAUGGCUGGCACAACGAGAAGCUACAGUGAUUCAGAACCAGAAGUUUUCUACCCGUAUUAUUGCCAACCGCCUCCACAAGGGAGAAAGAUGGGAUCUGCCGGAAUAGCCAGGAUGAGGUUUUCCUCUGGAAGCCUUCAACUAGAUGAAGAGGAGGAAGAUGAAGAAGAGAAGGGCAAGGACCAAGCAACCAGAGACCCAAGUAGAGAUGAGGACGAACAUGAAAAGGAGUCAAAAGGACCAAAAAAGUUAACUAAAGUCACAUUAUAG